AUGAAAAGGCAUGAACAAAUUCACAGUGGAAAGAAACCCCAUGUGUGUAAGCACUGUGGAAAAGCCUUUAGUUCUUCCAGCUACAUUAAAAUCCAUGAGCAAAUUCACAGUGCAGAGAAACCUUAUGUGUGUAAGCAAUGUGGAAAAAGCUUUAGUUCUUCUAGCCAAAUGGAAACACAUGAACAAAUUCACAGUGAAGAGAAACGCUAUGUGUGUAAGCAAUGUGGAAAAGGCUUUAGUACUUCUAAGUACUUGAAAAUCCAUGAACGAAAUCACAGUGAAGAGAAACCCUAUACAUGUAAACAAUGUGGGAAAGCUUUCAGGCAUUCCAAAGCAAUCAGAAGACAUGAAAAAACUCACACUGGAGAAAAACCCUAUGUAUGUAAGCAGUGUGGAAGAGGCUUUAGUUCUUCUACCAAUUUUAAAACACAUGAACGAAUUCAUAGUGGAGAGAAACCCUAUGUAUGCAAGAAAUGUGGAAAAGGCUUUAGUUCUUGCAAUUCAAUUAGAAUACAUGAACGAAUUCACAGUGGAGAGAAACCCUAUACGUGUAAACAAUGUGGGAAAGCUUUCAGUUAUUACGGUUCAAUCAGAAAACAUGAAAAGUCUCAAGAACACUGGAGAAAAACCCUAUGUAUAUAA